AUGGCAAUGACAAUACCAGGAGAUAUUAAUGUGAUUUUCAAACCGGUCAAGGCAUCGGAAAUCGACCGAGCACAUCAGCUUGAAGCCGACGGCUUCCCAGCGGAUGAAGCAGAAUCAAUUGACAAGUUUAGAUACCGUCAAACUUAUUGUCCUCACCUUUUCCUCGGAGCAUAUCUUGCGGAUUCUGACCUUCUAAUCGGUUACAUUGCCGGCACCGGAGCUUCUACUCCAAUUAUAAGUUUCGACUCGAUGAAUCGGCAUGAACCGGAGGGUCGAACAGUGUGCAUACAUUCUGUUUGUGUCGACAAAGCGUACCGGCGUAGAGGACUGGCUUCACGGAUGAUGAACGAAUACGUGGGAAGAAUAAGGCAGCAAGAGAUAUACGAGAGGGCGGCGUUGCUUAGCCACCAGCAUUUGAUUCCAUUUUAUGAAAAUCUUGGAUUUACGAAUUCUGGUGAGAGUAACAUUCAGCUUGGUAAGGAAAAGUGGUUUGACCUAAUAAUGGAUCUGAGAACAAAGUAG